AUGCUGGUCGAGGAGAGCUGGGAGGGGAUCCAGUGGCUGGCAAAGAGAGUAGGCGUAAGAUUCAGAUUACCCUUCGAGAGGCAGGCGUAUGAGGUCGAGCCAAGAACGGAUGAUCCGAGCAAGAAGAGGUGGAGAUGUUGGGGAGGGCUGUACAUCAAUACGAUGGGUGGAGGGAAGGGGCUGGUGGAGGAUGAGCUGAAGGCGUGUAAGACGGCAGGAGUGGACAUACACUGGAAGACAAAGGCCGAAGAGCUGUGGCUCGACAAGACUGCGAAGGAGGUCAAAGGACUCAUCGUGACCACGGCCGGCGGUCAGCGUCAGAAAAUCGUAGCGAGAGGUGGCGUAGUACUGGCUUGUGGAGGGUACGAGUCGUCAAAGGAGCUCAGAGGCCAAUUGAUGGGACCAGAGUGGGCUUCAGCAUACGUACGAGGCACACCACACAACGAUGGCACAGCCCUACGUUUGGGCGCUCAAGUCACUGCUCUCCGCAAGGGCCAAUUCGGGGACGGAGCCUGCCACUCGACUUGCUGGGACGCACACGCUCCUCGAGACCGUGGCGACGUAAGCAUGACAAACCAAUUCACCAAAUCAGGCUACCCGCUAGGCAUCUUCGUCGACUCAUCGGGCCGACGCUUCGUUGAUGAGGGAGAGGAUUUGCGCAAUUACACAUAUGCGAAGAUGGGACAGGCAAUCUUGAAAAGGCCGGAUAGAUUGGCCGUGCAAAUCUGGGACGCGAGAACGAGUGGGAUGUUGAGAGAUGAGGAGUACGCGGACGAGUUCUGCCAACAUAAGGUGCGUGGAGAGACAUUGGAGGAACUGGCGGAAAAGCUGGCGAAGGUGGAGAUUGGGGAUAGUAGAAGGGCCCUGCGAGAUCCUCAGGCGCUCAUCGACGAGGUGCGUUCCUACAACAGGGCAAUUUACGCGGCGAGAGCAGGGCAGAAGGACGUGGCGCAAGGCUUUGAGCCAUCGAUCAAGGAUGGGCUGAUUGCUCCUGCGCCGCCUCUUGCGGUGCCCAAGUCCAAUUGGGCUCUACCUAUCGACAAGGGGCCUUAUCUUGCCGUAGUUGUAAGCACAGGGGUCACUUUCACCUUUGGCGGAUUACACAUCGAUGCGCAAAGUGGACAGGUGCAGAGGCGUCGGGAAGGCCAAGAAGGAGGCACGGACGCGACAGAAGGCAUCGUAGGUCUCUACGCAGCGGGAGAGGCGGCUGGAGGGCUGUUCUGGGGCAAUUACCCAGGUGGAAGCGGGUUGACAGCUGGCCUAGUCUGGGGCAGAAGGGCUGGUCGCGCUGCGGCCGAGGCUGGAGAAAACGCGAAUAGCGCGACGACGUGA